UCGGCCCAUAUAAUAGACAAUUCUGCAAAGUAAAGAAAGAAGAACCAACCACUAAACGUUAUCAGUACCUUACCGGUCCGAUCACGGAGCUCGCCUUUCAUCGUCAAUCUCCGGCGGACGAAUCUCUCUUCGUAUCCUUGACAAGCAGAGGAUGACACUAGCGGCAGCGACGACCGCCGUUUCAUUUAACUCAAAGCUUCUCGUGUUUAGAAUUCGUUGCUCAGAUUCUAACCCUAAACGUGGCUUUGGCUUUAAAAAGGAAGAGAAAGACCCGGCAUUGCAGCAAAGGAAAUCAUCUUCUAAACAGUCUGUUUCGGUACCCAGAAAGGCUCCUGGUCUGAAUACUCAAUUUGAAGGAAAAUCUGGUCCAUCUUUCGAUAUUGACUUCGAGGAACGGCUGGAAAACAUCCGAAGGUCAGCUCUUGAGCAGAAAAAGACAGAAGUAGUUAAAGAAUUUGGUCCAAUUGACUAUGAUGCACCAAUCAAGUCUGACCAGAAAACAAUUGGUCUUGGUACUAAGGUUGGAGUUGGCAUAGCUGUUGUUGUAUUUGGUUUGGUUUUUGCUCUCGGUGACUUUCUCCCCACGGGAAGUGAUAGUCCAACUAAGAACACAACAGUAGUCAAAAAUCAGAUCUCAGAAGAAGAGAAAGCUACGCUUCAGCAAAGGCUCAAAGAGUUUGAAACAACUCUCACUGGCACUCCUAAGGAUCAAGCUGCUCUGGAGGGCGCAGCUGUGACACUGACUGAACUUGGAGACUAUUCCCGGGCUGCUGCGUUUCUUGAGAAACUGGCUAAGGAGAGACCAACUGACCCUGAUGUAUUUCGACUGCUUGGAGAAGUAAAUUAUGAACUUAAGAACUAUGAAGGCAGUAUCGCUGCAUACAGAAUUUCUGAAAAGGUUUCUAAAGGGAUUGACCUUGAAGUCACACGAGGCCUCAUGAACGCGUAUUUAGCUGCAAAGAUACCAGACGAGGCAGUCAAAUUUCUUCUAGACACUCGUGAACGUCUGAAUACAAAGAAAACAAGCACAUCAGACAGUGUUACAGAUGAAACAAAUCUAGACCCAAUUCAGGUUGAGUUGCUUCUCGGAAAAGCUUAUUCAGACUGGGGACAUAUCAGCGACGCCAUAGCUGUUUAUGACCAGCUAAUCAGUGCUCAUCCUGAAGACUUCCGAGGCUGCUUGGCUAAGGGAAUUAUAUUGAGAGAAAAUGGAAGCAGAGGAGAUGCAGAGAGAAUGUUCAUCCAGGCACGCUUUUUUGCACCAGACAAAGCUAAGGCCCUUGUGGAUAGAUACUCCAAACUGUGAUCACUAUCUGAUUUUGUGUGUAUAUAUAUAUGUCUGUUUAUUUUUAUGAUUUUAAUUUUAUCGCUCUGUUUUUACACAAGACAAAGUCACGUCAUAUUUAAUUGGACCGAAUCUAAACAUCAUGGUUACUGGUAAA